AUGAGUCUAUUAGUGUUUAAUAUUCGGCGGCUAGCAAUUGAAUUAAUAUUGGGUAAAAUUCAAACUCGUCAAUGGUUAGUCGAUGAGAAGAAAGACGACGGUUUUACUGCGUUACAUUUAGCAUCAUUGAAUGAUCAUUGUUCAGUAGCUGAAUUGUUAUUAACAAAAGGAAAUGCUUCGAUCAACGCUCAAAAUAUUAGUUUACAAACACCGUUACAUCUUAGUGUUGGAAGACAGCAUGCACAAAUUGUAGAGUUAUUAUGUAGUAAAGGUGCAAAUGUGAAUAUUGCAGAUAAAGAUGGCGAUACACCAUUACACGAAGCUUUGCGACAUCAUACAUUAUCUCAACUGAAACAAUUACAAGAAGUGGGCGACGUUGGAAAGAUGAUGGGUGUGUUUGCCAAUGGCGCUUUAGAUAAACGAACAUCAUCGUUAAUUGCCUGUACGCUUGUGACACAUGGUGCCGAUUUAUUAUUGAGAAAUAAAAAAAGUCAGACACCAUUGGAUUUAUGUCCUGAUCCACAUUUAUGUCGGACAUUAGAAAAAUGUUAUCGAGAAUUCAAAGAAAAAAAUAUUGAUCAGGGAAUAAAUUCACCUACACAUCAUGAAAAUGUGCAUGAUGAAUGCAUGGUAUGCUCUGAUAAUAAACGUGAUACAAUAUUCGAGCCAUGUUUUCAUGUGGCAACAUGUUAUGUAUGCGCGGGAAGAGUUAAAAAAUGUCUUAUAUGCAAGGAAAAUGUACAAUCGAGAAUAAAAAUUGAAGAAUGUAAAAUUUGUUCGGAAAGAAAAGCAUCAGUGUUAUAUAAGCCAUGUGGGCAUCUAAUUGCAUGCGAAGAUCACUCACUAUCAUCAAAUUCUGUUAAUACAAUAAAUCAAAAUAUUGCUGCCAGUGAUGCAAUUGCUUUACAAAAAUUACAACAACAACUACAGGAGAUACGUGAUCAGACUGUUUGUCCGAUUUGUAUGGAUCGUUUGAAAAAUAUGAUAUUUUUAUGUGGUCAUGGUGUGUGUCAACAAUGUGGUGAUCGUGUAUCAGAAUGUCCAAUCUGUCGUAAACAAAUUGAGAAGAGUAUUAUUUUAUAUACAUAA